AGAAAUAUUGUAGAUUUGGGUUUGUGAUUUAGAAAUUAGAAUAACAAGAAUAUUUGUGGAUAGAUGAGUAUUAUUCAAGAAUUUUUCAUCAAUGUGUUGUAUUUUUAAAUAAUUUUCUUAAAAACUGCUAUUUUGGGAAAGUUUUCAUUUUUAGAGAAAUAUUGAAGAUUUGAGUUUGUGAUUUAGAAAUCUAUACUAUACUAAAAGCACAAUAUACUCAAUGGUCAUGGUCCUUAAAAAAAAUCAGCCAAUCAGAAGCAUUUAAUUAGACACGUCAGACAGGCUUCACAGGGUGGGCUUCGUCCACAGUCGAGCAUGUCACCGUGUGUUUGUGUUUUGCGUUUUGGUUCCGCGUGUAUUGUUGACUUAUGACAGGUUGUGAUUUUCUUGGAUAUUGAUUUAUGGAAUGGGCUGGGCUGGUUUACUAACUUUUAUGUUUGUUUAUGUACAAAACCAGUGGUCCAAUUAUAAAUAUAUACAACCAAAGCCUCUAUUCGUUAUCUUCCUCUUCCAUGUUAGAGUAGGUUUCAGUCGGUUCAGUCUCCUCUGAGAAAUCAAAGUGACCCUUUCGGUUUCCAUGGAGCAGUGAAUCUUCUUCUACCUCUACAUUUCCCCUUCUUAACUCUUUGGAUCAUUAAUGCUUCAGAAUCCUAACAAUUCAGUUAUUCCUUCUUAUAUAACCUCAUCGUAAAAACUGAAACUUUACAUCUCAAAUCCAGUAAUCACCAUUACAGAUUUAGAGAAAUCUUCCAACCCUUUCUGUCAAGUGACAAUCUCACCAGAAGACGCCAAUUAAUUAAUUAAUCUGUUUGGUCUUCUUCAACCUAGAAAGACAAAGUCCUUCGUGGAUUAGAUCGGGACGGCUAUUGCAGCUUCGAUUGGCGGAAGAGCUAUCUGACUCUGAUCCAAAAAAUUCCGGAGGCGGAUCAUCAGAAUCAUCACUGCCUGUUACCCUUCCUCUUGAUUCAUACGCAAGCGCACAUGAAAACCCUAGGCAAACCCAUUAUCCAGAGAACUUGGGAGAGGAUGGUGUCAACUUUUACGCUUUGGGCUGUGAGUCACAGACUGUAACGUUGGAACGGUAAUCCAUGCUCGAGCUAGCGGAAUGCGUCGGGAUAUGGGUCGAGUGAAGCUAGUUAGGAGUAGUUUGAUUCGAAAAUUUUGUUCGACUCGACGUUUGUAAUCAAAACCUUAUUCUCCUUAUCGGGUUGUUGAAUAUAUAUUUUUUUUAAAAACAAGGGAAGUAGAUGUCCAUCCCUCGCCAUAAUACUCAUGAUCUCUACAUUUGUAAAUGGGUUCGGAUCUUGAGACAUUAAUAGAUGACUAGCGAAGGAUUUGGACUUAAACUGCAUAAACCUGGAAGAUUAUUCUCUUGUCCUAACUGAUCCAUUUUCACUUCAGUGAAGCGACCAGGAACCGCUGAUAACGACCAUAUCGCAUCAAUUAUAUACGUAUAUUGGAUGUAUGAGUUUCAACGUCAGGACCAACAGAUUUUUAUUCAGAACAGCUAGAGGAAACUUGCAACCGUUCUUCAAUAAUUCGAUUUAUGAUGCUGUUUAAAAAAACUUAAUUCUGGUAGUUAUUUGUUAAUUAACAGUUUUCUGGUGGCCUGGAGUUAGUUUUGUCCAUGCAUUAACACUUGUUAAUAACAGUUCUAUUUUUAGUAAGACGUGGUUCUCCUCCUAAGGCAGAAGGGUUUUAAGUUUUUCUCUUAAUAUUUGUUUCUCUACAAAUCUUUUGUCUUUGCAAUUCCUCCACUCAGAUUCUUCUGGAUUAUUGUGAAAAGUCUGAACUAACCUCUCCUUUUAAGUUUCUCAAUACAUUCUUUGCCGAUAUAACAUUUCGAGAGACAAUAUGGAGAGAAAUGAAGUAAGGGAAGGGCCUAUAGCUAUUGCAGUGGACAGAGAUAAAACAAGCAUCCAAGCUCUUAAAUGGGCUAUAGAGAAUCAUAUACCCCAAGGAGAAACAUUAAAACUUGUUCAUGUCAUCCAAAGGUCUGCAAAUGGACCUAAUACAGAUGAUGAAUUGUCUGAAAGAGAGCACAAAAAUAGACAAAUCACUCGGUUUCUUCCAUUGCGUUGUCUUUGUAUGCGACGAAAUAUACAAACCGAAGUAGUUUUGCUUGAUGAUCAAGAUGUGGCGAAAGCAUUGAUAGAAUAUAUUAGCCAUAACUUUAUUUCUACAUUCUUCAUAGGUGCCUCUUUGAAGAAGAGCAUUACAAGGCUGUUCAAGGUUGAUGACAUUCCAAGUAAUGUGAUGAGAUGGGCUCCAGAUUUCUGCACUGUUUUAGUAGUAUCAAAGGGAAGACUAUCAAGUGUACGUUCAGCCACUAGGCCUUUACCUCUAGCAUUGCCAUCUCCUUCUUCAGGGACUGCACCACUGUCACCCCUCAGCAACACCGACGAGCUUCCCUCUGAGAUGUCAUUGUCAAGAGAAGACGACGUUUUCUUUGAGGAGUUCUCAUCACUUGAGACAGAUUCUAGUGUGAACAUUAGUGAGAGGAUCAGUACAGAUAGUUCUGUUCUAUCCUUCUAUAAGAAACUUGGAGCUCCACACAUGCUGGAGAUUCCAGGUCUGGAUGAUGAGAAAUCGAUGUUUUCGAUGUAUCUUAAUAGUCCUUCUGAUGAAAAGAAGUGUACGUUACCACCAAGGGAUGACGCCGAGGAUGAGAAGAGAAGGUUGAAGAAAGAGCUGAAGGAGACGAUGAACAUGUACCAUGCGGCUUGCAAAGAAGCCCUUAUGGCAAACGAGAGAGUAGCUGAGCUGGAGAUGUGGAAAAAGAAAGCAGAGAAAAUCAUUCUUCAAAUGGCUGAAGAUAGAGCAACGAUGGCCAUCAGAGAGCAGAGAGCAAAGGCAGAGAUGGAGGCGGUGAGAAGGAGAGGGAGUGAUGACAGAAAGGUUGUUUCGGAUGAUCUUGGAGAGUCUCAUGUAGUGGCUAAAUAUGAGAGCUUGCUCCAUAUUGUAGUUGUUCUUUUACUCUUAUGUUUUUGUUUCAUAUUCAGAUAGUUCUCUUUCUUCUUUGUGAUCAGAGUUGGGUGAUGACGAUAUCCUUUCCUCCAGGGCAAGUUUCUCAUAUAUUCUCUUGUAUAGAUCAAUCAUAUUUCAUUUGUUUACUCUUCACAAUGUCACUCUUACAAGUAAAAUCUUGCAUAUCAUAUUUGAAUUGAUGUUUCUUUGUUGAUUGUUGUUUUCAUAUAUGGUAUGAAUUAGCAUCGCAUAGGACCCUCUUAUCUGAUGCAUGAGAAACGAGAUGGUAAACUACUUUUUAGGGCCUAUCAUGCUAUGAGUUCAGUUCAAGCAUUAUGGAACCAUAUAGAUUCAGAAGAGGAAUUGAAGAAAACUUUUUUUUUUGCUCCAAAGAUAUGUGUAGUCUUCGUUAAGAACUUGAGACAUCAUUUAUCUUUCUAGCAUGUAAGCGUCCUCACAGCAUGCAAAGUUCGGUGGCUUGCAAUAAUUGGCAACCCAUGUUUCGUUGCAAGAUGCAUUUUGAGGUUUUGCUGCUCGUUCCACCUGUCGAGUUUUUUGCUAAAGAAUCAAUAAAUCAGGAUGUACUAAUAUGAAACCCAUCUAUAUAAGCUACUUUGAAUGUGCAAGUUUCAUAAUCAGACUUUCCUGAACUUGUAAUAAUAAUAAU